GGCAACGUGACACAGCAGAGACUGUACUAGGCAGAUAAGGACACAGGCAGGCAGGCAGGCAGGCAGCAUCGAUCUCUCCUCCGUGUGAGCGAAUGACUCAUUCAGUCGAUGAACUUGUUGUUGGCCUCGAACACCACCUGACCAACGCACGCACACGAGAUACGAUCCAUAUCCAUCCAUCAGCACAGGUGUGUGGUGUGGUGUGAUGUGGUGUGAUGUGUGUCGGUCGUCUUUGUGUUUGUUGCGCACCUGGUGGUUGAAGUAGACCCUUGCCCACUCGACCAUGUCGCGAGCGCCACGCGUCAGCCGCAUCUCGCAGUUCAUGCCGCCGUCCUGACACACAACCACACGCACACACACACACACACACACAGAGCACAACGACAGACAGAUACACUUAUUAUUCCCUGCCAUCGAUGUGUGGGUGUGGUGAUUGCACUACUGACCAGGUUCCAGGCCCUGAAGAAGAGCCUCUGUUGCGGGUCGCUGCUGAGCUCGUACGCCAGCUGGUUGUAGUGGUGCGCCUGCACACGCAUCGCAUACACACACACACACACACGAUGGUUUCCCUCUCCUCCCUUCAGCCUCUUCAUGUGUGUGUGCGUGUGUGUGUGUUGUGACCGCCUCACUCACCUUGAGCAGGUUGCCGUGGAGCUCCACGUGUGUCGACUCGAAGGGCGGGGUGUGGUUGGCCAACUUCUGAAAGGCACGCUCGAUCGCCGGCAUGCCCCUGUGCACACACAAUGAAUGUCACACAGAGAGAGGAAGGUCACGUGUACGGCUGCGCGACCCGUCUCGUCUCGUCUGGUCUGGUGGGGUGGGGACGUACCUGAAGACGGCCGUGAGUUCCUUGGUGUACUGGCACUUCUCGCCCGCAAAGAGGACCUUCCACUCGUGGCACUUGUCCAGCACCAUCUGUGUCAGCUCCACAUCGCCAGCGGCACCAUGCAGCACCGAACCAAUCCGACGCGCAACUCUGCACACCCACCCACACACACACACGAGACCAUCAGUUCUCUCUCCUUAUGUCUCUGCACUCUUCACUCACUCACUGACUCACCCGUGGUUGAGGACCACGCCAAGGUACUCGCAUGUCUCGGGCUUGAUGGGCAUCUUGAUGCGAUAGACCUCGGUGCACUCCAUGCCCGCCUCCCACUCCACGCCCACGAUCAGCGCCUCCCACCCGGGGUGCUCCUGGUCCGCCGCACCCACCAGCCCCGGCAGGGCAUCCCAGAGGGACCGCGACACGUACAUGUCGCUGUCGGUGAUGACGGCACACCGCCCGUCGAAGUUGGUGAGCUGGGGGGGCAGGGGGGCGUCAGACACACGGUCGGGGCCUCUUGCAGGCACCCGGAAGAUGGGCACCUGGUCGCAUCGCACACAGAGACGGCGUGUGCACACGCUGCGCUGUGGAUGGAUGGCUGUGGGUGUGGUGUGGUGUGGUGUGCUGUGGGUGUGUUUACCUACCUGUGAGUUGUAAGCCCAUCGUGCGGCGGUCUCGUCGGUCUUCUCGCUGCCCACGAGGUCGAAGAUGGCCUCGGCGCCGAGGAACCUCGACCACUCCUCGAAGCUCGUAUACACCGCGCCGCUGUCCGGCAGACCCUGACACAACACGCCCUCGCUCUCGCCUGACACAGACAGACAGACAGACAGACGACCAACGAACACACCAACCGUCACUCACGCCGACAUUCAUUCAAAGUCUUCCAUGACACGCUGGCACAACACCGACCCACCACGCACACGUACACGUACCGAUCUGUUUGCCGGCCUGUUUGGGGUCGAGUCCACCGUCGUAGAGUGUGCGGAUGGCCUCGAGGCACCUGGGUGAGCGGGGUGCUGCGGCGAGGAUGGAGUGGUGCUCCAGGAACCCGCCGGCCGGCAGCGGGGAAGUGAACAGGGAGGGCGCCUCGGGACCCUUGAACAGCGUGCCCAGCGGUACCACAUACCCACCUGCAUUGCAUCGAUGCCAAGUCACCACACACACACACACACAGAGAGAGAGAGAGAGAGAGAGGUCAGCGGGUAGGUGUGUGAGGUCUUUCCCUUUCUGUCUGGGUGACGUACCUUCGUCGUAAAGGAUUUCGAGUGCUAGCAUUUUGACAGCGAGUGCGUCCAUCUUGCGGUCGACAUGGUACAAAUUGGCGCCGAAGAAGGACCGGCCCUUGAGGUCCUUGAGCGUCCAGCACUUGUACCGAUACUCGGGGUGACGUCUGACACACCACACACCGCCACCACCACACACACCACCACACACACAGAUGCACGUGUUGAUGCGUUCGUCCGUGUGUGUGUGGUGUGUGGAGUGGAGGGCUCACUCACCUGCAGAAGUCUUGGUACCAGGUGGCCAUCCACCGCUCUGGCUUCAUGUCGCUCGUCUGGAAGACAAACUGGUGGAUCACCUUGGGGGCGCUGCUGCUGGCGGUGGCGGCCUGGGCGGCGGCCUCGGCUGCCGAUGGCAGCGGCCGAAGGGACCCCAGCGGCCAGUCCUUCCGCUUGCUGUGCACCUUGCACGUCAGAGCCUUCCGGCACCUGCACACACACAUGGAUGGAUGGAUGUGGUGAUGGUGCGUUGGUUGCGUUGACCGCACUUUUUUACCUGUUCUGCGUCCUGACGUAGUUCUCGAGUCCGCUGCAUGUGUACCCGAACUGGAACAUGUAGGAGUUGGGGAAUUUGGUCAGGUCGAUGGCGUCGGGGUUGGGCACGAAGUGAAAGGCGGGGUAGAACAAGUGGCUCGGAGGCACACACAUCGGCAUCCCCGUCUGCAGGCCAGGACACAAACCAUCACACCACACACACCAGAUAGAUGUGUGUGUCGUGAUGGUGUCUGCGUAUGUGUUCCGUCCGUUGUGUGUGUGAGUAGGUAGGUAGGUAGAGUACCUGGAGGAGGGCGCGGGUGUAGGCCAGCGGUCCGGUGACCCACUCGACGGAGAGGUGUGGGCGCUUGAGUGGGUAGAUGUUGCGCAGGUAGUAGAUCAUCAUCAAAACCAACGGGUGCUUCGGCGCCGCUACUAUCACGCUGUUGCCUGACACACAACACAACACAGCCCGACGCAACAUUCUCGCUCUCUCUCUCUCUGGCAAGAUUUUCCUCUGUGUGUGUGUGUGUGUACCGAGGACGGAGUAUGGCUUGUCCUUGGUGUCUGGCUCGUAGGUGAUGAGGAACUUGCUGUCCUUCUCGGCCAUCUCGAUGAUGGGGUCGAGGCACUUGGAUCCGCACGAGACCAUGUCCGCGUCAAUAUAGAUGCCGCCGUGCUGGUACAGCAGCUCCAGACGCAGCAGGUCCGCCUUGCACUGCCACAUCCUCUCCUGCAUGGUGGAUGGACCACACAGGUGGCACACUCAGGUAUGAAUGUUUGUGCGUCGAGGUGUGUGUGUGUGUACCUGCUCGUAGAAGUCUCUGUUGAACAUGUGCAGCUUGGCGACGUCCUCGUCGGUCCACAGAGUGUGGUCCCAGUGCUUGUUGCGGUACAGGUAGUCCACACGCUGUGAUGAGAGAGACACACACGGAGGGAGAGGAGACAUGCACCAGGUCAGCGCGUCGCGUGCAUGUUCGCGUCCGCCCCGCCAGAGCCUCAGUUUCCUUCGCUCUCUGCUUUCGUACCCAUGUGUCGAGCCAGAGACAGGGAGGCUCCUUGGGUCCCACCCAGAUCUGCACCAACACACGACACAAACACACACGCAUGGCAUGAGCCCGUCCCUCUCCCUCAAGCCACUCAUGCCACCCCCUACCUGGUGCAUCAUCUUGGGAAUGGCCGGUGCGGUGGGCAGGUAGUCACGCACGGCCUGCUUCCACUCGUCGGCGUUCGCGAGGUGGCACUCGCGGUGGUCCCACAUGUUGAACUGACCGAUACACUCCACUUUGGCCUCGAGGCUCUCGUAGGCCGGCUUGCUGGGGUGGGGCAUGGUGGCGCUACUGGGGUGGGUCACACUGGCGUGCAGCGGCGUGUGCGGCGGGGAGGUGUGGGUCAGGUGGUCGGUGCCGUCGACUGUCAUGUCGGCGGUGUGCGGAGAGAUGGAGGAGAGAUCUGAGGUCAGAGGGUCACCAGCAGCUAGAAACAGACAAGAAGGCAGAGCAAAGUCCCAAAAUCUGCAGCAAAUGC